AUGCUUCACUCACUCUGUCUCUCCCUUGCCCUCCCUUUCUCUCUUUUCAGGUUAAGGAAAAUCCAGAUGGGGUGCAGGUGCUGCAAAAUGAUACAAAGCUAUAUCUUUGAUCCAGAAGAGGUACAAUCAUCUGGAUGCAUUCAUGAAGUAAACAGCUAUAAACACAAUGAACAAGGCAGCAAUAAAUCAAAAUUCAACGAAAACAGUGAAAAUGAAGAACCCAAAAAUGAACUACAGCAGGAUGAGAUAAACAAAACAGAAAAUAAAAAUCCAGUAAACAGCACAACAGAAACUCUCAGGAAUCACAGAGGCAAUGAUUCUCAGGAGGAUGGCCUUGUGAAGUGUGCUGCAAAGCUUGACAUUGCAGUCAAUGGUGGCAACUCCUGUGCUCAGCACUCCAUGCUCAACCCCAACACAAGCCCAGUGAAAGAAUCCAGUGAAAAGGGAACCUGCAGCCAGUCAGAAGCGUCUCUAGCCAGCAGCAGAGACUUUCACACCGAGUCAAAUAGGUCUGAACAAGAGCUUGACCUAGAGAGAGGCAGUCAGAGUAAGGCAGCCAGCAAUGUGCCUAACAGUAUUCCAGACUCCCAGUCUGCAGGAGACAGCAUCUUUCUCAAAGGAAACUCAACACUGGAAACAGAAAACAAUACCAUAAGACUGCCAGAUAUUGAUUAUCCUCAAAAUGGGAAUCAAACUGGGAACUGUGUUGAAAAAGACAGCUUUUCAGUCAAUUGCACACAUUCAGACCAAAACACUGGUACUCCAGCAAUAUGGGACCAGGACCUUCAUGCAGUCCCACCCUGGCCUGUGAAAGAGAGCAGUAUUGAACCUUUUAGAACAGACUCGGCAAGUUUGAGUGAGAGCCUUGCUGCUGGCAUCACUGCAGUGGCUGCUACCAAAGUCCCACAGGCACCCACGCACACCAACAAUAAAGAUGCCAAUGGAGGAAUUGAGGAGGAAGAUGCAGAAGUUGCAGCAGCUCUGGCUGCUCUGGAAGCAGCAACAGCAGGAGAAGAUGUGGAAGAUGAUGAUGAGUACUAGAUGGUUUCUUUCUAACACACUGGGUAAGAUCCAGAUGUUAUUUCUGGAUCAAUAUGACCAGAUAUACAGCACACAUGGAGAGCUGUUAUAAACAGCUAAUAUAAAAGGAGGUGGGACUAAACCUGGGUCCCUUCACCUGUUUUAUACAGCCUUUUAAUUUCUACUGCCUGAGGUACAGAAGAACUCUCUUGACUAACGGUAAUACCCUUGUCUAUGGGCCAAAACAGGAGGGCAAACAUCAUUUCUUCCACACAGAAUAUUCAGUUGUACACCCACCUCAUCUGCACUCAUGCAAGUGUUUCCUUUCUUUCCUCAUGAGGGUCUGUGCACACUGCAUGUUCCAGGUAAACUCCCAUUAUUUAAAAUAGCAUUAUUGAAGCCAUGGAGUUAGAAACCACAUAUUUUCAUCAUUAGCAGAAAAAACUACAUAAAUGAGCCAAAGUUCUAUGAUCUACUGAAACAUGAAACAGGGAAGGCAGCUUGGACUGAACCUUACUGUGGCUAUGGUUCCAUUAUAGAUUAAGCCUAAAUCUGUGCACGUGCACCUGGCACUGGAAUGACAACAUCAUUUUUCCAUACACAUGUCUCCCUUGACUGUGUUUGAUACCCCAAGUGUUGCUGCUUUGGUUCCUUAAAACAGCAGAAGCCCAGCCAAAUCCAAGAGAGUGGGUAAUUUCUGUUGGUUUAAUGUGCUCAAAUAGCUCAUGUAAGAACUUCACACACACUAUCAGAGGGGCCAGAGAGAUCAAAACUCAUUCCCUACCAGUUUGGACAGAUUAAAACUACUGUAAAACGACAGCCUGAAAUCUCUG